AUACAGGCCAGUCCAACCAGCCAGCUCCGGCAUUCCUCUCGAGAGGAUCCAGGACGAACUUCACAUCCAUCCAUCCAUCCAUCCAUCCACCUUAAUAUUUAAUACCCUUAAUUCCAAUAAACCGUCAAAAUGAAGUUCACCCUCCUCUCCACCGCCCUCACCCUCCUGACCGUCACCGCCGUCGCCCUCCCCACCGGCUCCUCCUCCUCCUCCUCGGAGAAACUCGACGAACGCUCCUACGUCAACGCCUCCUCCACCGCCACCACCUGCCCCCACCACCCCUCCUCCCCCUCCUACUGCGCCGGCACCAAGGAAAACGCGACCCUCGCCACGACCUACAUCUGCGGCGACUCCCGCCUCGGCCCCGUCGUCCUUCCCCAGUUCUUCCUUCCCUUGGACCCCAUCCUGGACAUCUACGACCGCUUCGGCGGCCUUUGCCCGGGAGCCUUUCUGGAGAAGUGGUUCAACAAGACCGGAGGCGGGUGGUGGGAUUACCCGCCUCAGAGCGGGUUCAGCGUGGAUGAUGAGGGGGAGAUCAUUGCGGCCAACUUGACGCUGCAGGUCGGGACUUUCCUGGAUCGGUUCGGAAGUGAAUAUGGCGCCUUUUUGGCCCCGGCUGCGGCGCCGUAUUUGCAGAGGAGUUUGCCGCCUAGUAACUUGAAUGGGGAUGAUAAGUUCCCAUACAACUACCACGUCUACAGCGUCAUCAAGCCCUUCAAGGUCCUUGCUGGACCCAUCGCCCCUUGGUUCGGUCAGCCUGGUCAGGGCGUGCAGUACCAGACUACUGUCAACGUUGCGACGCUUAUUGCUGAUGGGUAUCUGAAGGCUGAGGAUCCCCAGAAGUUGGUUCCUAAGCACUACUAAUUGGGCAAGGUGGUGAAGAUGGUGAAGAUGGUGAAAAAGGGGUCGUGGAUGGAUGGGGGCUUCCAAUGUCCUUGUUUGACAUGGUUAACGGUUUUGUAAUGGAUAAUGUCUGGUUGUAUAUACCCAGGGGUGAAGUGGAAACGGGGAUCAUGGAGAAUGAUGAUCUGGUUUGGAGUAUUCAUCACAGUGUAUGGUGACUGCCGUGACUGCCUAUAGAGCGAUCAGUGAGUGAAGACGUCAGACUUCGUGGGGGCUUCUUU